CCCCCCUCCGUCUCCACCCACCCCACACAUCCCCAUCAAUCCAUCCUUCCUCCCCUCCCUGCUGCAUUCGUCUCCUCUCCAUUGUUUCUCUCUUCGAAGAAGGAUGAAGCUCUCCAUGCAGUCGCUGGCCCGGAAGCUCUCCAUCCCGUCGCCCAAGCGGGGCAAGAAGCAGCAGCAGCAGGACGGCGGCGGCAGCGGCAGCGGCAAGCGGGGCAUCUCCCGGAGCGAGGCGCCGUCGUUCGCGUCCGCGUCCUCCUCCUCCACCUCGUCGUCCACCGAGGACGCGCUGCCGCGGGCGUCCACGCCGCGGUCGGUGCUCCCCGCGGAGAUCUCGCGGCGGGAGCUGGAGGCCGUGCUCCGGCGGCUGGGCCACGAGGAGCCGUCGGACGACGAGCUCGACGCCGUGGCGGCCAUCGCGGCCGCCGGGGAGGCCGGCCCCGAGGACGAGCUGAUGGAAGCGUUCAACGUGUUCGACGCCGACGGCGACGGCCGCAUCACCGCCGAGGAGCUCCGCGGCGUCAUGGUCGCCAUCCUCGGCGGCGAGGCCGACGGGUGCAGCCUCGACGACUGCCGCCGCAUGAUCGGCGGCGUCGACGCCGACGGCGACGGCUUCGUCGGCUUCCAGGACUUCGCGCGCAUGAUGAUGGUGUCGACCACCGCGGCGGCCACCACAUCGGCCGGCCCGAGAUUCAUGUGAGCCAGCCCGUCGGUGGCUCCUCUGUUCCCGCUCUGUUCUGCUCGCCCCCACGCCCACGUUCCCGCGAAAUUUCGAUCGGCCGCGACGCAUGGCGCUCAGAUGUGUGAUGCUCAUUCGUUCCAGCUGCUUCUUCUUCUUUUUGGCGCGCACCGUGAUGAGAAAUGCCAUGCGGCAGCUAGCUCAAGUAUAAUCAGGAUCACUCUGCUACUACUAGUCUUACUACGUACGUACUCCGAAAAGGAGAGCAUCCGCUAGUUAAAUCACGACCCUGUAAAAUUUGUUGGAGAGCUGGAUCGAUCGGUCGAGAGUGUAUGCGUGUGCGUGUGUUGGCAAUGAGAAAUGCUUUGUUGCUUGGUUUCUUUACAACAAUUGGUAGGCUACUGCUAAUAUAAGUACGUAAUCAGUUUAA